AUGGAAGUCGCUCGGUCUAUGAUGUUUCACACCAACGUUCCUCGGAGGUUUUGGGGAGACGCAGUUCUUGCCGCUUGCUAUCUUAUUAACCGCAUUCCCACCAAUAUUCUACAAGAUGUCUCUCCGUUUGAAGUGAAUUACGCGACAAACUUGAGGCUAAAAGCACCAAAGCAAUGUUCAUUGGAUAUUCUACUACUCAAAAAGGGAUAUUACAAGAAGAAAAAUUGGGAAGACCUACGCGAUCUACCAAACCCCACAUCUGAUCGGGCAACGAACCUCCGGAUCAUCCUCGAGCGACUAGGGGUCACAAACGAUCGGGAUGCCCAUCAUUCACCUGAGCUAAACCCACCAGGAGAGUCUCAACCUACUAUCGAAAGCAGCUCCAGGGAACCUCAACCUCAACUCGAUCCAACAAAUCAUUCAAAUGAUGAAGAGCUCAACUCGCACAACCUUGAUGAUGUGGAUCAUCCGGAAGAAACCAUUGAUCAUGAGGCUGAAGAAGAUGAAGCUAAAGAAGAUGAUCCUGAGGACAAUGAUCAUGAGGAGGUCAUUCCACUAAGACGUAGCCAACGCCUCGCCGUAACACCAUUACGACGCAGCCAACGUAUUGCCUCACAGCACAAUCGUUUUGACUACAACAACAUGGCCGUUGCAUACCCUAUUCAAGCCGUGCGUUCCCUUGCUCAUCUUCCUAAGGAUCACCAAGUCUUCCUUGGCCAUAUUGACAAAAACUGGAUUCCACAGACCUAUGAUGAGGCUAAAGAACACAAGGUUUGGCGUGAUGUAGUUCAAGACGAAAGAAUGGCCAUGGAGAAAAACCACACUUGGGACGAGGCGGAUCUACCUAAAGGAAAGAAGGCAAUACGUUACAUCUAA